AUCACCCUUAUGGUCUUACAAUAGAAGGGCUUAAGUUUUGUCUUGAGCAAAACUUUAAAUUGGAUCAACAUGACCUACAUGUACUUGUACAUCAUCAACAUGAUCUACAUGUACCUGUACAUCAACAUGACCUAAAUGUACUUGUACAUCAUCAACAUGAUCUACAUGUACCUGUACAUCAACAUGACCUACAUGUACUUGUAUAUCAAACUGACCUACAUGUACUUGUAUAUCAAACUAACCUACAUGUACUUGCACAUCAACAUGACCCACAUGAACUUGUAUAUCAACAUGACCUACAUGUACUUGUAUAUGAAACUGACCUAC